AUGGCAUCCACUAUCAAAGACAGCAGCGAUGCUGCUCACUCUGCUCACUCUGCUCAAACUGCAACCAAAUCCGCUAUUGAGAACCCCACCGACUUUCUCCACAACCCAUACACCCGCAUCGCCCUCCCCUUCCUCAACGGAGGUCUAGCCGGUAUGACCGCAACAGCCGUGAUCCAACCCGUCGACAUGGUCAAAGUGCGCCUGCAGCUCGCCGGCGAAGGAGCACGCACCGGUCCCCGUCCCUCCGCCCUGGGCAUCACUAGAGAUAUCAUCGCCUCGGGCAAAGUCCUCGAUCUCUACACCGGUCUGUCUGCUGGUAUCCUCCGUCAAGCCGUCUACACCACCGCCCGUCUGGGCUUCUUCGAAACAUUCAUCAAGAAGCUCAACGUCCGCGCCGAAGCUGCAGGCCGAAAGGUAACCUUCGGUGAACGCGCCGCGGCAGGACUGACGGCCGGCGGAAUCGCAGCCAUGAUUGGAAACCCGGCCGACUUGGCCCUCGUGCGUAUGCAGUCCGAUGGCCUCAAGGCUCCCGAGGCUCGCGCAAACUACCGUUCCGUCUUUGAUGCGCUCAGUCGUAUCACCCGCACCGAGGGCCUCGCUGCCUUGUGGGCUGGCGCUUCGCCGACGGUUGUGCGUGCCAUGGCUCUCAACCUGGGUCAAUUGACUUUCUUCGCUGAGGCUAAGCAGCAGCUUAAGCAACAUACUUCUCUCUCCGCUCAGAAUCAGACAUUUGCUGCUUCCGGUAUUGCUGGAUUCUUUGCUAGUUUCUUGUCUCUGCCUUUCGAUUUUAUCAAGACCCGUCUUCAGAAACAACAGAAGAAUCCUAAGACUGGCUUGGUUCCUUACAAGGGCUUGGUUGAUUGUGCGCGCAAGGUUGCCAAGGAAGAGGGUUGGUUGCGAUUCUAUCGUGGCUUCGGAACUUACUACAUUCGGAUCGCUCCUCAUGCGAUGGUAACGCUCAUCGUGGCUGAUUAUCUCAACCUCCUCACCAAGUAA